GGUUUACCGCAGCCCCUUCCCCCCGAGCGGCCUCGCCUCUGGUCCCGACUCUACGCACGAACGGAACGCGUCGAGGGUCGAGAUUGGUGGGAAGGCGGAAACGUGAAGCCAUUAAGUAUCUCACGGACACUCUUCAAUCUAUCAGUGAAUUAGAGCUUGAAGAUGCACUGGAAAAGAUCAUCGAUGCUGUGGAAAAGCAACCUUUGUCAUCCAACAUGAUCGAACGAUCUGUAGUGGAAGCAGCAGUCCAGGAAUGCAGUCAGGCAGUAGAUGAAACUAUAGAUCAUAUUUUCAAUAUCAUAGGAGCAUUUGAUACUCCACGUUUUGUGUACAACUCAGAAAGAAAAAAAUUUCUUCCUCUGUUAAUGACCAGUCACCCUGCACCAAAUUUAUUUGGAACAGCAAGAGAUAAAGCAGAGCUGUUUCGUGAACGAUAUACCAUUUUACACCAAAGAACCCAUAGACAUGAAUUGUUUACUCCUCCAGUGAUAGGCUGUCACCCUAAUGAGAGUGGCAGCAAAUUCCAGCUUAAAACAAUAGAAACCUUACUGGGUAGUACAACCAAAAUUGGAGAUGUGAUUGUUCUUGGGAUGAUAACCCAGUUAAAAGAGGGAAAAUUUUUUCUGGAAGAUCCUACUGGAACAGUACAACUGGAUCUUAGUAAAGCUCAGUUCCAUAAUGGUUUAUAUACAGAGGCAUGCUUUGUCUUAGCAGAAGGUUGGUUUGAAGAUCAAGUGUUUCAUGUCAAUGCAUUUGGAUUUCCACCCACUGAACCCUCUAGUACUACUAGGGCCUACUAUGGAAAUAUAAAUUUUUUUGGAGGACCUUCUAAUACUUCUGUGAAGACGUCUGCAAAACUAAAACAACUAGAAGAUGAGAACAAAGAUGCCAUGUUUGUGUUUAUAUCUGACGUUUGGCUGGACCAAGUAGAAGUAUUGGAAAAACUUCACACCAUGUUUUCUGGUUAUUCACCAGCACCUCCAACCUGCUUUAUCCUGUGUGGUAAUUUUUCAUCUGCACCAUAUGGAAAAAAUCAAGUUCAAUCUUUGAAAGAUUCUCUAAAAUCUUUGGCAGACAUAAUAUGUGAAUACCCAAAUAUUCACCAAAGUAGUCGUUUUGUGUUUGUGCCUGGUCCAGAGGAUCCUGGAUUUGGCUCCAUCUUACCAAGGCCACCACUUGCUGAGAGCAUCACGAAUGAAUUCAGACAAAGAGUACCAUUUUCAGUUUUUACUACUAACCCUUGCAGAAUUCAGUAUUGUACACAGGAAAUUAUCGUCUUUCGUGAAGACUUAGUGAAUAAAAUGUGCAGAAAUUGUGUCCGUUUCCCUAGUAGCAAUUUGGAUAUUCCUAAUCAUUUUAUAAAGACUAUCUUAUCCCAAGGACAUCUGACUCCUCUACCCCUUUACGUCUGCCCAGUGUACUGGGCAUAUGACUAUACUUUGAGAGUGUAUCCUGUGCCUGAUCUACUUGUCAUUGCAGACAAAUAUGAUCCUUUCACUAUGACUAAUACCGAAUGCCUCUGCAUAAACCCUGGUUCUUUUCCAAGAAGUGGAUUUUCAUUCAAAGUUUUUUAUCCUUCCACUAAGACGGUAGAAGAUAGCAAACUUCAAGGCUUUUGAGAUUCUUAAAGACCGUAUGAGGAAACCAAAUUCAUCAGUUUCCUGUUUAAUUUUAUAUUUUAUGUAAUUUUGAUAUUAAGUUAUAAUAAAAUUAUGGUACUUUACAAAGUUCUAUCAAUUUAUAUUAGACAAAUUUUUUAUAUUAAAUCACAAUAAACAUGACGGUAUAC